CUGACCAAAGAUACUUUGUAGAGAUGAGCGCGAGAGAAGUUGCUGCUCUAGCGGAUGUGGCAGCAGCAGCUGCUGCUGCUGCUGCGGGGGCGCCGCCACCGGCAGGCGUAACUCGUGCAGCAGCAGCAGCAGCAGCAGCAGCAGUUGCUGAGCUGGCAGCAGUAGCAGCCAGCAGCAGCAGAGCAGCAGCAGAGGAGAGGCCGCAGAGCUGCCGCCGGGCGGAGGUAGAGGAACCCGACGAAGGCGCCUCUGCUGCUGCUGCUGCUGCUGCUGCUGCUGCUGCUGCUGCUGCUGCUGCUGGGCACACAGACGACGAGUCUUCGACAGCUGCAGCAACUGCAGCAGCAGAUGCUCCAGCGUCCUCUGAUGUGGAUACGCCCCUGGAGCUGCUGCCACCAGCAGCAGCAACAGCAGCAGCAGCAGCAGCAGCAGCAGCAGAAGAACUGCCGCCUGCGUCGCCAGCUGCAGCAGCACGUGCUGCAGACAGCUCCCUCUCUGCAGUGGCCGCAGCAGCGCCAGCAAUGCCAGCAGCAGUGCCAGCAGCAGCAGCAGCUGCUGCUGCUGCUGCCGCUGCUGCUGCUGCUGCUGCUGCUGCUACAGUAAGAGCCAAGUCAGCUCGGGCGAGAUCAGCAACGGCGCAGCCGCUGAAGCCAAAUGAAGACAGGACCAAAAAGACACGCAGAAGAAGCAAGCCGCAGCAGCAGCAGCAGCAGCAGCAGCAGGAGCAGCAGCCGCAGCAGCAGCCGCAGCAGCAGCCGCAGCAGCAGCAGCCGCAGCAGCAGCAGCGGCAGAAGCAGCAGAAGCAGAAGCAAAGCUCGCCCGCUGGAAAGGCAACUUCCGAUUGGACCUGGCAGUUCCCGAGCCCAGAAGAAAGCGCAGCAGCAGCAGCAGCAGCAGAGGCAGCAGCAGCUGCUGCUGUUAUUGAAGUUGACAUUGCAGCAGCACUAGCAGCACCAGCAGCAGCAGGCGCUGCAGCACCAGCAGCAGAACCGGCAACGUCGCCAUUAGCAGCGCCAGCAGCAGCAGCGCCGUCAGCAGCAGCAGCAGCAGCAGCUGGAGCGCCGUCACCAGCAGCAGCUGCAGCAGCAACUGCAGCAGCAGCGCAGCCAGCAGCAGCGCAGCCAGCAGCAGCAGCAGCACCAGCAGCUCGUAGUGAGCCCUGCCCAGGUGCAGCUGCCCCCAAAGAGGGCUCCAAAAAGUACAGAGGAGAUGCUGCUGCUGCACCUGCUGCUGCUGCUGCUUCUGCUGCUUCUGCUGCUGCUGCUGCUGCUGAUCCUGCUGCAGCAGCAGUUUCGCCAGCUUCAGCAGGAGACGCAGAAGCUCACUGGCCUUCUUUGGGCAAAGCUGUGGCAAUGAGAGGACCGAAAAACUCCAACAGCAGGUAA